GCGCAUGCAGCAGAUGCAGCAGCCAACGCACCUGAUGAAGCGCAAGCAAGUGCCAGCAGGCCUCUGCAGUUGUACGAGCAUCUGAGGCAGGGUUGCUUGAAGGCGAGAGCUUAUCAAGAUCAAAAAACGAUGCUGCUGCAUGCAGAGCUUCUCGUCGCGCUCGCACAUCCUGAAGGGGCCCUAGACGCCUGUGGCAUGCAUGCAUCGACGGCGGCUGCUGCUGCAGCGCAGCAGCUGCUGCGAGAAUACCCUGUCCAGACAGUCUGCUGCUGCGGCAGCGAACUCGCGAGAAUACCGGCGGCUGCAACGGAGCAGCAGCAGCAGCAGCAGCACGGGGAAGGCAAGAAAUCGAACCCCCUCAGAAGUAGGGAUGGCAGCGAUUCACACACAGGCCCUACCAGCGCUACAGGCAGUUGUGGGUGUCUGCACUUUGACAGCCUGAGGCUUUUUGGAGAGGCAUUGCUGCGCAACAAUUUGCAAGAACGUCUAUUGCAGCAGCUGCUGGUGACAUUCCGACAAUGGACGUUCCAAGAUCCGCAUCUGCUGCUCCUAGCUGCCACGUGCCACAUGGAAGAGGGAAACAAGACAGGCGUAGCAGCAUGUCGAUCCUUGUUAGAGAGAACUCGUGCCCUUUGGGAAGCGUCGCCUCUUGCCCACCUCAUGCAGGCUAAGCUUGGAGAGGCUUUAGAUUUGCUAGGCUGUGUUGAGGAUGCUCUUCGGGAGCUUCAGGGUGCCUUUCUGAAGAAUCCUUUGAGGCCUAAGCUUUUGUUCCUCCUCUUCGGCUCCGGCGUGCUGACCACUCAGCAAGAGGCUGCUCUCCUUGCUGCUGCCGACUACCGCCACUGCAGCUGGGCACUACACCUCGCGAUUGCCUUGUCUUCUGCUGCGGCACAAAUGGCUCCGAUGGAAUUUCUUGAAUGCGUUCGGCAGCAGCGGCAGCAGCAAGCGCUUUCUCAGCAUCGCGAGCACGAUGAAACCUUGGUGGUGCUUGCGGCAUGCGAGGAGGAGCUGCGGCAGCUAGAGCAGCAAAAGGUGCAGCAGACGGAUCAGGAGCAGCUGCAGGAGCGGCUGCAGUAUCCAGCCCUUGCAGCAGUUGCCUGCCGUUAUCCAACGCGCUUACUGCCACCCCUUGCACGGCUGUCUAGGGCGUUGGAGGUGCUGAGCGAGGGUUUGUAUGCGGCACCUGUCUAUAUUAGCUGUUGCAUGCAGCUCGGGAGGGCUGCAGACUUGCUGAGCUUGUUGCAGCGCCUCAGGCAGCAGCCUGCAAUGGACGCUUUGCGAUUCUACGCGGAGGGAGUUUUCCUGGUCAUGCAGUCUCAGCACGUCGAUGCCAUCGCUUGUUUCCGGCGGAGUAUCAGGAGGAGCUCGGGAGGCCCCCUGUUGUCGCCCGUGUGGGCCCCUUGCCAUGUGAUGUUAGGGCAUUGUCUGAGUCUUGCAGCGCCACAGCAGCAGCAGCAAGCUGCCUGUGCUUAUGAAGAGGCGGUCAGGGUGCUUCCUGGCGCGCUCCGGCCUCGAGAUCCUCGUGCCUGCUAUGAACUGUCACUCGCCAGACUUCGCGCUAAUCGAGUUUGUGAGGCACUGCCUCUCGCUCGUGCCGCUGCUGCAGCUGCUGGGGGGCGAAAAUUUGUGUUUGCACGACACCUCGUGUCCAUACAGCUCGCGCGGUGUUUGCUGCGAAAGGCUGUCCUGCCUUCUUGCAGCGAUGAGGAGUAUAUCCAGCUGCUGUUGGAAGCCCAUGAGUUGCUGCAGCAGCACGUCGAGGCAGCGGCGUGCCGCUGCAGGGACGGUGGCAGCAGCACGUGUUGCAACGGCUGUUGUACGGAAGCCCAUAGCUUGCUUCGUGCUUGCCGCAUUCUUAUGGGUGAACCUGGGGAGGACGCCUACGCAGAACCUGACGGACUGGCUGGCUCAAAAAUACUAACUGCACUGGGCGAAACAGAGGCAGGAAGGGGGGCAACAACAGGCCCAGAGGCUAUGCUGCAAGACACCUCCUCCUAA